UCUGGGCCUUGAUCAAUUCACUUUCUUACUUGAGUGGCCAAGUAUCUAGGGGAGGUUAUCACCAUUGCAUAGAGAGAUUAUUUGCUGAGCUUUUUCUUUGUCUUUGGUGCCCCUGUAAAGUUCUAUUAUGGCUGCCCAAUCGGCUUUUAAUUGGACUUUGCUUAUCUUUUCUAUCAAGAAAAGAAAAUAUUGCAGCUCUGGACGGCGGAUUUGUUACUAGCCAAAAAUACUCACUUAGAGCUUCUGAUGUUCUUGGAUUUCAGUUUUUGUCUAGCCAAACAAAUUCCCAUGGAAUUUUUCCAAACUAUUUGCAUUGGAAUAUUUACAUGUGCCGAAGGAUCUUUCAUUUUUCUUUUAUGUUGCCACCUUCCAUGUCAGUACCAAUUUUGGAGGUUCAUCAUUGUUGUGAUCUUCGUUCUGUUUUUCUUCAUGUUUUGGUUUUUCAAGCUGUAGUUUUCUUUUGCUACUUGUGCCUGUGCAGAGACAAUCUGAGUUUAAUUUCUGUAUUAGGUACCACAUUUUCUAAUGGAGAAUACAGUGUUGAUGAUUACUGGAUUUAAUUAUUUUGGAGUGCUAAAUGUCAUGGUGCUUGGUUGAGAAUGCAGUGCCCUGAACCUGGUUUUUUUGUUGUAUAUUAAAAUUAGCUUGUAGUGUUGUCUGCAAAAUGACCAACUAUCCUGUAUUGAUACAUUUCUAAACUAUGAAGAUUAGGAUUGCAUCCACAAAUACCCAGUCUUCUCUAGUAAUUUAUCUCUGCAAUUCUUCAGUAACAUAGUAAUUAUAUAUUGGCAAAUGAAGUUAUUCCCCUUCUAUAUGGGAUUGCUAUGUUGUUUUUGGUAGGUAGUCUCUGUUGUGCAUGUAUUAUAAACAGAUCGAUUCAUGGGCGUUUUCAGCAGUUUGACAGGGACUUCUGGCAAUCAAAAGACCCCUGUUGGCCACCAUUCAUCACAAUCUCUAAAUGGGCCAACUGAUUCGCAACCUAGGCAGGCCAGGGAUGGUUUUUCAAGUGGUACUCAUAGGAAAGAAUUAUUGGAGGCGAAAUGGUCUUUGGUUCCAAAUACGGUUUUGCGGGUGCAAGCUGCGAAGCCAAAUGAUUCUCAACCACAUUCUAUGAUGUCAUCGAACAACUCAGUGGUGGGCGUGUAUCCAUCUUCUUCAGAUCCUGUUCAUGUGCCGUCUUUUGAUUCCAGACCAGCUGCUAAUGUUGGGACUAUCAAGCGUGAAGCUAGAGUCGUGGGUGUACGCCGUCAGCCUUCUGAGAAUUCUGUGAAGUUUUCAUCUGCACAAACCAGCUCUCUUUCGAAUUCACCUAGGGGGCGGGAGGCCACCUCUAGAGAACCAAUACGAUACUUUACUUCCAUUUCUAAAGGUGACCAACCCAGUCACACAGCCGUAUCUGAAUCAGCUGUUUCUAGCAUGUCACUCACCAGACCGUUCUUGAGCAAUCAAUACAGUAGCAGACCACAUCAGCAACCUUUGGGUCAUCAGAAAGCCCCCCAGCCUAAUAAGGAAUGGAAACCAAAGUCAAGCCAAAAAAUAAGUGUUAUUGGUUCCAGGGAUAUUGGAAGACCUGCAGAAUCUGUUUCUCCACCUGCUGUUACUUCUAAGAAUUCAGAAACAGAGGCAGCUCAGUUGCAAGAUAAAUUUUCACAAGUAAACAUCUCUGAGAAUCAGAACGUGGUCAUUGCAGCACAUAUUCGUGUCUCUGAGACUGACCGCUGUCGCCUGACCUUUGGCAGCUUGGGAACCAAGUUUGAGUCUUCCAGGAGUUCAGGGCCUCGAGCAGUUUUGGAUGUAGAAGAAUCAUCUGUUGAACCAGCUGCAAGGUUAUCGGCAUCUGCUUUAGAAAAUUCUGGCGAAGAAACUUCUCGUAGCAAGCAGGUGGAUGUAGUAGAUGGCCAUGUUCGAAAUUCUGGAUCCAAUUCUCCCGCAUCUGGUUCAGCAUUUGAACAUCAAUUGGCUGAUAACAAGGAAUCUUCAAGUCAACAGAAUUUGGACGACUAUGCAGAUAUUGGAUUGGUUCGAGACAACAGCCCAUCCUAUACUCUUUCAGAGUUGCAACAUCAGCAAGAUCCUCCUGAAUUACCCAGUUUUUCAGCAUAUGAUCCUCAGACUGGUUAUGAUAUACCAUAUUUCAGACCUACAGUUGAUGAAUCUGUCAGGGGGCAGGGUCUGCCAUCUCCUCAGGAGGCCUUAAUCUCUCACGCAGCGAAUAGCAUCGCUGCAUCAACAAUAGCCAUGAUACAACAACCAGUGGCCCAGAUGUAUCCACAAGUUCAUGUUUCCCAUUUUGCUAAUCUUAUGCCAUAUCGUCAGUUCCUCUCCCCUGUUUAUGUUCCACCGAUGGCCAUGCCUGGCUACUCUGGUAACCCUGCCUACCCGCACCCCUCAAAUGGCAACAGUUACUUGCUGAUGCCUGGAGGUAGCUCCCAUCUGACUGCAAGUGGCCUGAAGUAUGGAAUGCAGCAAUUCAAGCCUGUCCCCACUGGCAGUCCCACUGGGUUUGGAAGUUUCACGAGUCCAACUGGUUAUUGUAUGAAUGCUCCUGGUGGUGUUGGUAAUGCAACAGGACUUGAAGAUUCAUCUCGACUGAAGUACAAAGAUGGCAAUCUGUAUGUCCCAAAUCAACAGGCUGAGACAUCAGAAAUAUGGAUGAAUCCGAGGGAUCUUCCUAGUUUGCAAUCAGCUUCAUACUACAACAUGCCGACACAAACACCUCAUGCUGCAUAUUUGCCAUCUCACACCGGCCACGCAUCUUUCAGUGCAGCAGCUGCUGUAGCACAAUCUUCUCAUAUGCAGUUCCCAGGCUUGUACCAUCCUCCUCCACAGCCUUCUGCAAUUGCCAGUCCUCAUCAUAUGGGCCCUGCUAUGGGUGGUAAUGUUGGAAUUGGAGUUGCUGCAGCGGCUCCUGGAGCCCAGGUUGGU